CUGUAGCAUACUGAAUGACCAGGCAGCCGCCUCGUCCAUGUCUUCAUUACGACCCUCUUCCUUUCCACUUAGGCAAUAGAAUCAAACACGACAUCAACUGAUCAUGGUGGCGGCGCACAUUUUAGUUAUCGGAGCUACUGGCCAGUCAGGCUUGGAAUUCUGUUCUGCCGCCCUUAAUGAGGGACACCAACUGACUCUUUACGUACGGAACCCUGGCAAGGUACCCGCUGCCAUCAGCGGCAAUGAAAAAGUCACUGUUAUACAUGGUACUCUCGAAAAUGAAUCCAGCUUGCGAAAGGCUAUCGAGUCUGGCGCCACAAUUUUUGUUUCGUUCGCUGGACCUGUUGGGCCCUCGAAAGGUACACCCAUCACCGAUGCGAUGAAGUCGAUAUUCCCCCUUCUGAUAGCGAACAAGUUCGAGAGGGCCAUGGUACUCGGCACGUGUUCUUUCACUGCGCCAGAGGAUAAAGGUUCUCUUAAAUGGAAAGCAUUGAUUGUUCUUAUCAAACUCAUCGGUGGAUCCGCCUUUGAAGAGUUCCAAGGACUGGGCGGUUUUGUCACAUCUCAAGACAUCACACAGCUGAAAUGGACCCUCUUCCGGGUCCCUUUUCUCUGGAAUGGUCCCGAGGCGCCAGUGAAUGCCACUUUCACAGGAUCCGGUACCGAUGGGAUGUUUUUAUCUAGAAAAAGCUUGGUGAUAUGGGUUUUGAAGGAGAUGAAUGGAGAGUCCGAUUGGAUCGGCAAGGCGCCCGUGCUAUCGAAUUAAAGAUUAAAGACGAAUGGGAAAUGUCCCUCAGAUAUAAGUCCAAAGCAGCUUUAGACGGGAUCAAAGAAGGAGAAGGGAAGAAGAAUGGUCGGGAGACAUGCUCGCCAGCUGGAUGCUUCGUCAAGCAGAAAUGUAACAGAAGUUGCCUCGCUUAA